UCUCGACUUAAAACAAUUAGCGGCUCAAAUUUGCUUCGCCGCUUUCUGUUCUCUAUUCACUAUCAACAGGAAACUUACUGUUUAGCCAUUAGACUAUCAUGAAAUAAAGUUUCUAUCAAAGGCGACUAGUUUCCUGUGUUCUUGAGAGUUAAGAUCCUGCGCAGGAAAAAUCAAUUUUCAUAAAAGAAAUUGCUGGCCAAGUAAAAGUAGUGCUCAGAAAUAUGAGCUUUCAAUCUUUGUUAUUCGAUUGCCUAGUGUCUCAGUAAAACGUGCAUGCCUAAAAUACGUACGUAUUUAAGAGUGCACGAGUUCUGGGUUCCUCUGUGGUCCAGUCCUUUACUAUGGACUUAACCUGCCGGUACCUUGUACAUACAUUCGUACCUACAGUAUGAACUACGUACCCACUACUUAAUCGUGUAUCUCGAAAUGAAGGAAAGCGGUGGCUGGCUCAGCUAAACAUGUCUCCAGUCCACUUUUGACACUACAGUGUGUGUGUUUAUUUGUUUCUUUGGGGGGUCGAGGUAUGAGUAACUAGUUGGAAACGUAAGAGUAACUCGAAGUUGGCCUUCAGUGGAAACGUCCAUCAAACAUCAUGAACCUUGAGCGGUUUGGAUCCAUUCAUAGACCAUGAAGUUGCUGUCCAGGUUCUUCUUUGGUUUGUUCCUUCUCUUGUUCCUCAUGUUGUCCACAUUCCUGGUGUACCUCACACAUUUGAGAAAUGAGGACAUGAAACUACGCCAAGAACCGCCAUUGGUCCAUCGAUCCACCUCGACUUCACCUCGAGCCAUGCAAAUAAUCCACCAAGGACAGGUUUCAUCUGACGCUGAAGGUACCCGGGGGAUCUUGGAUCAGUUGACUAUAGAAAAGGAUCUUUUGGAACGACGGGAAACAAAGGAUAACGUGUGCUCAAAGUAUGGUCUAGACCAAAGAGGCACGGACCAACUUCAUCAAGUAUAUCCUUGGGAGUAUUUAAUAUCUAAGGAGCACUCUUUGGUCUGGUGCAAUGUCUUCAAAUCUGGUAGUUCCAGUUGGAUGUACGUGUUCAAUCAGUUGGCCGGACAUUCGACCAAGUUCUUGAACAAGAAAAAGCAGAGACCGCCAAUGACAAUUGCUCGUGACUUUUAUCCUAGACCUUCAAAAGAGGAAUUAAUUGAGGCCAUGAACAAUUCCUUGAGUUUCAUCGUGGCAAGACAUCCUUUAGAAAGACUGGUGUCCGGAUUUCGAGAUAAAAUUUUAGGGGCAGUAAAAGGAACGCACCAUGAUAAGAUGGGAAAAGCAAUUAAUCGAAAGUAUGGUCGUAGCCAUACAAAGAAGCCUAGUUUCUCGGAUUUUGUUACAUUUGUCUUGGCCACUUUUAAGGAGACUGGAGUUAUUGAUAUGCAUUGGAGUCCAGCUUUCAGCUUCUGCAAUGUUUGUCAAAUGAACUUCACCAUGAUUGUUAAAUUUGAAACCUUUGAAAGAGAUCAGGCGUAUUUGCUUCAAAAAGCUGGGCUUCAAGGUGUUGUUCAAACGCUUAAAAUAAAUGCCGCACAAGAUGGUCAGAACUCUCAAACUGUGAUGAACAAGUAUAUGGAACAACUGCCUUUGGAGCUCCUUGAAGAGAUUUGUGAUUUUUAUAAAUAUGACUUUCAGAUCUUUGGAUACUCAUAUCCCAAAUGUGAUUUUUUUGAUAAAUAAGACUCAUUGCAACAUG